GGCGGAACCCGGAAGGCACGGCGCUCAGGUCAGGACCGCGCGCGGUGGUCUGAGGUCAGCGGCCGGGUCCCGCAUGGCGGCGCACAGGAAGCACGUGUUUGUGGAGAAGGUGCUGCAGAGACUUUUUCCUCGUGUUCCAAGUGGCCAAGGAAGGAGGUUGGAACUCCAGACGCUGACCGUCCAGAAUCCACCAAAGAAACUGAUCUCUGAGAAAGUGAGCCGGAAACAUGCUCAGCCUUUGACAGACGCUGGCUCUGAGACCGCGACUGUCCGACGGCUCUACACCGCCAGCGGGCCUCCCGAGGGGUACGUCCCCUGUUGGCCGGAGCCCAGCAGCUGUGGGAGCCCUGAGAACGCCUCCAGCGGGGAUGACACAGAAGAUCAGGAUCCUCAUGACCAGCCAAAGAGAAGAAGAAUUAGGAAGCAUAAAUCAAAGAAAAAAUUUAAAAAUCCCAAUAAUAUUCUUAUAGAACAAGCAGAAUUAGAGAAACAGCAGAGUCUGUUACAGGAGAAAUCUCAGCCACAGCACACAGAUGGCCCUACAAUAAGCAAAAAUAAAAAAAGGAAACUGAAAAAGAAACAGCAAAUUAAAAGGAAGAAAGCAGCCGGCUUGGCAGCAAAGGCUGCUGGUGUCAGUUUCAUGUACCAGCCAGAGGACAGCAGCAGUGAAGGAGAAGGUGUGGGAGAGGCUGGUGAGGAGGGAGGUGCGGACGCCAAUGAGGAAGACCUGACACGGGGCGGGGAGGAAGACGUUGAAGACACCAGGGAGGAGGACGGUGCGGACCCCAAUGAGGAAGACCUGACAUGGGCUGGGGAGGAAGACAUUAAAGACACCAGGGAGAAGGACGGUGCGGACGCCAGCGAGGAAGACCCGAUACCGGCUGGGGAGGAAGAGGGUGCAGACUCCAGGGAGGAGGAUGGUGCAGACCCCGAUGAGGAAGACCCGACACUGGCUGGGGAGGAAGACGUUAAAGACACCAGGGAGGAGGACGGUGCGGACGCCAGCGAGGAAGGCCCGACACCAGCUGGGGAGGAAGAGGGUGCAGACUCCGGGGAGGAGGACGGUGCUGAUGCCAGUGAGGAAGAUGAUACAGUUACCAAUGAAAAGGCAGACAGUAUUCUAAAUUUUUUGAAGUCAACACAGGAAAUGUAUUUUUAUGACGGUGUCUCCAGAGAUGCAGCUUCAGCUGCCCUCGCAGAUGCCGCUGAGGAGCUGCUGUACCGUCUUGCGUCACACAGCAUGCCGCCCUCAGAUGUGUCCAUCCUGUACCACAUGAAAACGCUGCUGCUUCUGCAAGAUACCGAGAGAUUGAAGCAUGCUCUGGAAAUGUUCCCAGAACACUGCACGAUGCCUCCUGGUGGGAAGUCUGAAGCUCAGAGAGCCUGGGCCAAUGCCACAGGUCACACAGCACAUCAGCGGCUACAUGUGAGCACAGACCUGGGUCUGCUGCUGUCUGUCUUCCCAAUAUCCAUGACCUUGACUGAUGCAGGUGUCCAGGGAUACGUCCAUCCCCGUCCUGCUGGACCCAGAGAACGGAAGCCUGGCCCUCCGAGGAGACAGAAGGGAGUGUUGGGCACCAUGACGAGAGCUUGGUGAGUACCAGGCCAAGCUGCGCUUUCCUCCUCCACGGCACAGCUGGGGUUGGGGUUGCUGGAAGGUACCUUAACUCUAGACAAGAAUGAGCAGGUUCCAACCGCCAACAUUUCCUUAGCUCUCCCUGUACAGCCUCUCAGAUCAAGAGACCAAAAACUCCAUGAUGUGAUAUAAGUCAGCAAAUAUGGAAAACAAAAUCUUCACCCUGCAACCGAGAGACAGGACAGGAGUCCAGGGGUUCCGGAUGAGGGUGGCAUCGCGAUGAGAGACAGACACCAGCUGGAACACCCUCUAGGCAGGCCAUCAGCCACAGUUCCAUGUUUAGGAGGACCUUGACAAGGUCAUUCAUAAUGAAAUUGUUCCCCGGCCGAGUGUCACUUUUCGGAGGGAACUGUGCGUCUGCAGGCAGCGCGUCCAUUCAGUUUGUGUCCCGGGGAGCUCUGUCUGGUGCUCACCUUUAUACCUGCAGCAGGUGCGCUAGGCAUCAUGUUAUUUGUGUCUCUGAGCUGAGUUCAUGUGCAUUUCUUCGUCUAAGAACCCGCUCGGAACGACCCCACCCCAGCCCUUGCAGACCCGGCAGAGGCUCGGACGUGGCUCAGGAGACAAGUAGGGUCUUUAGAGCAGCCCCCCGGUCACUCCCUUUCAAGCCGUGAGUGCCCAGGUCCUCAAUAUUUGGCUCUGAGUAGAACUGUCAGAGAAUGGGAUUUUCUCAACCAUCACAAUUUCCAAUUAGACUCAGGCCUAACUGCCAGCAAUUUGUACGUCAAACUCUACAGACAAUUCUGUGCAGUCUAUUUUCGCUUGUCUUUAAAACAGCCACAAAAUAUGCAGCUUCCUUUCCCUGAGAAAAUGGCAAAGAAAAUUCAACACAGAAGGCCAGGGAGGGUGUGUGGAAACGAUUCACAUGUUUGAAAGAUUUAUAUGUAUAGAAGAAAGCCGUGAAGUGUGAAGUACAUUUUCUAUUGUCGAAUGGAUGAAAAUGGAAUAAAAAUAAUACCCUUUGCUGGGCAGAAUAAAUCACUUCUUUAAACAAUUUUAUGGCAUGAAGAAGUCUGGACCAGUUUCUUAAAUGGGAUUUCUGCCAUAAACCUUGGAAGAAUCACGUUGUGUUAGCCCAAGGUGAAAACUCUGUUGCAUAACAGAGAACAUGACUGCACCGCACACACACAUCCCCCAGUGAGGCAGGACACAGGCCAGCGACGGAACACUUGAGACAGGCCUACGACUGCACACGGUUCCGAAGCAGGUUUAAGCACACUUGCUGCAGUGAGACUACAUUUCUGUCUAAAGAAGACGUCCCUGACUUUAUCUGCUUUUCAGCUCCAGUUCCCAGGUGCGCGUGUUGUGGUCCCCAGAUAUCAAUUCCAAACUCCUGGGAGCAGUGCUCUGGCCGUACCUGCCGGGUUUGUUGUCCAGCCCUGAAUCCGCUUAGCCAGGAGAGCAUGUCCUGGGGGGUGCGGGGCUCGAUCAGCCUCACACACAUGGCAGGAGUGUCUCUCAGGACGGCGGCUGCCCACAUCUGGCUGACAGGAGCCUGUCUUCAGCAACUGCCAGUUAACGCGUCCUUCUUGCCCCAUGCUUGUCCUGCCACACAAAUGUGAAAAUGCAACGUUACAAAGUCUGUGCCCCAGACACCACUUGAACACAGAGAAACUGUCAUGAGCUCAUGUGACUCCACUUUUCAGGUUAUGGAAUUUCUUUAAGGUGCACCCUUGAGGUUAAUAUACUUAUUAAUAACUUAUCAUUACAGAGAAAAAAAUUACCAGAAGUACAGGGUGUUUUUAACGGACUUUCUUCUCUUGCACAUUGCUGGGCAUGGCGUGCGCUAAGGUGACGGGGCGGAGUGAUGGGCUGAGAAUGUGUGUGUGUCUCCAACAAUUCCCAAACGUCUACAUUUUCAAGAAAACGGCAAUCGGCAUCAUCUGGAAAAUUGUAACUUAGUAAUUAAUUAGGAUAAUUUCCCUAGGUUCUCUGUACUGCAUGAGCAUAUUCAUUAAAGAGGAAAGCAGAAUAUUGACAGAAAACAGGGUUGUAAAUUUUUAACAAGUUGUUCUAUCAGAAAAUCAAAUGCAGUUUUCUGUCCUCUCUGAGCUUUUACCACAUAGCUCAUAGAAUGGGUGUUUUCUCUGUCAUUCCACUCAAUUCGCACUCGAGUAAACCUCCAAGCAAUAAGAAUGUCGUCUUUCCUGUUUAGACUAGACUGACUGCCUUUCCAGGACAGUCCAUUAAGUUGAUUUCCAGUGGUGAAGGGUCAGACACACCUCCCCUGGGCGGAUCAGGGAUAGUUCAUAGCAUUUGCCAAAUAGCUGUCUGCAGCUGCAGCCAUCACCUCCGUAAUCAACACUGCCAUUGUCUGAGCCUGCCCUUUGCAGGAAUGGCAUCAGUGCACCAGUCCUGGUAGAGAUGACAGCUACCCCAGGCACUAUUGUGACCACUGCUUGGAUCAUUGUUCUGUUUAUGGCUGAGGAAAGCAGGGCUUAGGAAGACUAAUCUUAGUUAUCUCUUUAUCCCAGCAAUCGGCACACAUCUGUGGAUCAAUAAACAUUGUACUAAAAUGAUGAACACAACUGAUCUCCCUUAACCUGAUUUUCCAGGAGUCCUAAGGAGACUUAAGGCUGAGAAAAUAAGAAGAGGAAAGAGAGAGGGGCUGCCUUAACCAGCUGUGGUGCUGACUUGGACAAUUCCCGGGCAAGAGGAACUGUCUGCUUUCGACGUUGUGUGAUAAUAACUUUUUAAGCAGUGGACCAGGAACCCAAGACUCAGAUGCAGCGAGCUUUGCAAGGCGGACGAGAGCUGAGCUCUUCAGUGGGCGACGGGUACAGGGCUGCUGGGAGCGUAGCCAUGUCUGCUCCAAGGUGGCUUGAAUGAGGCAGUGCUCAAGUCUUUUUGACUGGCUGAGGUGAGCCUGUGGCUCAGUCACACACUUUGUCCCUCUCCUAAUAAGUGCAGUUCCCAGACAGCAGCUCCUUGGUGUCAUGUAGCUGAGGAACCUAAUUGACAGGUGACUUCCACCUGUCACGAAGGAUGCUUUUUCAGAUCAAUCUCCACAGCUACCAUUGUGUCAGGCACAGAGGCGGGCAUCAACAAGUGUAUGUUGAAUAAAGAAUGAAUUGAUG